AUGGCUGCAUGUAACUUUAGUCAAACUUGGUACUUGAUCAACAAUCCUACAUCUAUCUAUCAAGACAUUGAAUUUCAAGUUCAGCAGAUGCAGCUGUUUCACGAUAGCUGGAAGAUUGCUUUCUUUCUCGUUUUACUGCUAUUUGUUCUCACCAUAGUUAGUCUGGUUUUAUUAGCAUUUCUCCAUGAGUUGCUUCCUUGCUGUGUUUGUGCAAAGAACAGAAGUGUAGAAGGCCUGGAAAAUGAACAUCAUGAUGCAAGAACUGUGUUGAGUGCCAUGAGAAGACAUAAAGUUGAAAUGGUAUAGAAAAUAAUUCAUUACCUAUCUAUAAAACAAAAUAAAAC